AUGGGCAAAAAGAACUACGGAUACGAUGGAAGUAUUGGUGGAGGAUAUGGUGGAGGAGGCGGCUCCGGUGGAUACGGAGGAGGCGGCUACGGUGGAUAUGGUGGAGGAGGUGGCUACGGUGGAUAUGGUGGAGAUGAUGGAGGCUACGAUGGUGGUAGUUUUUACGGAGGUAUUGGGGGCGGUCUUGGAGGCGGAGGUAUAGGUCUUGGUGGCGGCGGUUUUGGAGGUAAGAAGGGAUGCCAUGGAAAACAAUGCGCAUUUGGUGGAGGAGGAGGCUCCAGUGGAUACGGUGGAGAAGGAGGAGGCUCCGGUGGAUAUGGUGGAGGUGAUGAUGGAGGCUACGGUGGUGGUAGUUCUUACGGAGGCGUUGGCGGUGGUCUUGGUGGCGGAGGUUUUGGAGGUUAG